UUGACAUCACUGGCCUUUGUUCUCCUCCGAUCGUGGCAAUGACAAAGGUCAUUGUGUCUCCAGCCACAAAGAGAGGCUCUUUCUCAAGCCCCCCGAAGCCCACCCUUCACUACUCUCUCCUUGCCUGGUGACGCCUGUUGCCGGUGGUGAAAGAGGGUUGGACUACAGGGAGUAAGGGGCUGAGCUGUGAGCUUCUGGCAAGAGCCGAGGAACUUUUACGCGAAAAACCGGGGACGGAGAGAGCUGUUUUUCCAGUUACGUUUCGCAGACUGUGGUUCUCACAUCGCAGUGUUUCUCGUGGAACACAAGAUUCCAAACAACAAAUGUUUCCUGUCAAGCAGCCUUGGCUUUGCAAAGCCUUAGGUUGCUAUGAUUGCUGUGUCCGCUGCCUGGGGGCAGUGCCUUACCCGUCGCUGGUGGCGACUCUACUGUGCUUCACCGGCGUCGCACUGUUCUGUGGCUGCGGGCACGAGGCUCUGGCUCAGACCGAGGUCCUGGUCGAGACGCACUUCGCUCGCAACAUCCAAGACUACGCCGUCAUGGCCUCGUUCAUCAAGUACUUCCAGUAUGUGAUCUACGGCCUGGCCGGAUUCUUCUUCCUCUACUGCAUCCUGCUGCUGGCCGAGGGGUUUUACACCACGAGCGCCGUCAAGCAGACCUUCGGAGAGUUCCGGAGCACUAGAUGUGGCCGUUGCCUCAGCCUGACGUUCCUAGUCCUGACAUACAUCCUGGUCGUCAUCUGGCUGGCUGUGUUUGCCUUCGCGGCCAUACCUGUCUUCUUCUUCUUCAACAUGGCACAGACCUGCCAUAACAUCAACCUCUUGGCAGAGACCGCGCCGAGCAUAAACCAGCACAGCUGGAUCUGCAUGGACGCCAGGCAGUACGGUCUCCUUCCUUGGAACGCCAUGCCAGGGAAGGCAUGCGGAAUGACGCUAGCCUCGAUCUGCAAAACCAAAGAGUUCUUUGGCACCUAUGACUUUUAUAUAGCUGCAUUUGUUGGUGCCGGGGUGGCUCUCCUUGCUUUGUUCCUCUAUGUGAUAGCAACGACCUAUAACUAUGCAGUCCUGCGCUUCCUGGGAAGGAAAGGCAUGCGCUGUUAGGCUCUGUGACCCAUCCAUGUCCACUGAACCCCCCUGGCCACGAUUGGCGACCGUCACACCCGGCACCUCUGUCCUCCUCCACCCCCUGUGGCACACACCUGUCACCUGACAUCACACAAACUGCUUCCUGUCUGGGUUUUUUUUCAUUUAAGCAACUCACUGUGAGAUGUACAACUCCUGUUUGUAACACCCUUCCAGGCUCGGCACAUCUUACUCUGUCGAAGGGGAUGAUUCUCUUCAGCUUGUUGCUCAUUUUCACGUCGGGUGCGGCAUCUCUGAUUUUGAACGACUGCUUUUUUUUGUAAAGAUUUGUGAAAUUAUACUGAUAUCACUGUCGUGUUGUUCUGUCUCAGUUCACUCUCCAUGUAAUCCUGGGUCUCGCACUCAAUGUUUUUGAAUGUUGACAAAACAUGAGUGACGUGAGUGUACUAAACAAAUCUAAAACAUGACCCCCAUACCAAAGCUAACGGAUGUGUAAACUGUGCCUACAUAUUUAUACACGGAAUACCUUUCACAUGCUGCUGCCUUCUGAUUGUAUUUAAAACAUGCUUUCCCUUCACUGAAAAACAGCUGAACGUGCAGGAGUUCUGUACGAGGCUGAAGUGUAAUUUAUAAAUGGACAUCCAUCUAGUGUUAAUGUAGUCAAACCAUGGAUGAUAUAUUUUGCACACACUCUCAUAAUAUGUACAUACUCCUUGUUUGUCCUUUUUUGACUGAUCAUUGGGUAGGGAUUCAAGGAUAUUCACGGCUGCAGUGGUGCUAUUGUUACUGUAAAAUGCCAUGCUCAAUCUCCAUGCUCUUCUAGGAUGUAUUAAUGCUCAUUGCUCAUAAAAACAAAUGGGACAGAUUGCCAUAUAUCCGAA